AUGGGUGUUUAUUGGGCUUCGGCAUUUAUUUUGCCAAAAGGGGUCAUUAAAGAUAUUGAGAAGCGAUUGCGAGCUUUCUUAUGGAGAGGUACCGAAAAUAGUGGAUACCCUAAAGUUGCAUGGAAAGAGAUUUGCAAACCGAAGGAGGAGGGAGGACUUGGCCUUAAGGAUAUGGGAACUCUUAAUCGAGCAUUGAUGUGCAAAAAGCUAUGUGAAGUCAUCCGAUGUGAUAGGACUUCUAUCUGGGUCGAGUGGCUGCGGCAUGGCAGACUUCGAGAUGAUUCGAUAUGGUCUAUCCCGGAGAAUCGUGGACCAUGGGGAUGGAGAAAAAUGUUGAGGUUGAGAGGCUGGUUACGCUCAGUGGUGGAAUAUCGUAUUGGUGAUGGAAGUGAUUUUUUCUUAUGGAAGGAUCCCUGGCAUCACCUUGGACCCCUCCUUGACAGAUUUCUACGGGGACCAAACAGUCUGGGAUUGCAUGAGUCUACCAUGUUAAGCUCAGUUAUCUGUGAGGGCCAUUGGCACUGGCCAUUGAUCACAGACAUGGAAUGUGUGGAGAUUACACACGUGCUGCCUCGGAUCCAUGGGGGUACAGAUCGUAUUAUAUGGAAAGGUUCGAGUGGGAAACCCACUACCUAG